AAAAGAGGGUGGCGCAUGCGCGUUAGCCCGACGCCAUCUCUAAACUACUGUGCAUAAUACUUGUUGAAAGAUUUCGAUGAUUUAAGUGAAUUUGGUGUGUGCUAAUUCGUGAUAAAAGCGUUAACCAUGGAAUUACUUUGUCGUGAGUGAGGUCAAGUGUCUGUACACAACGUUUGAUGACUGUACUAUUCCAAUCAGUGUCGUCGGCGGAGUCUUGAUCUUGCGGAAGUUUCUUAGCUAUAGCAACGCAUAUUUUUUGCGGCUAUCUCUGCCGCGCUCGCUACACACCAAUUUCAUGAUCCUUUAUCGCCAGUUUUACUAGUGCUUAAACACGGUGAAGAAAGUGAGUCUUAAGUUGAUAUGAACUCUGCUUUAAAACCAGUGCUGCCCCAACCGGGGGUACCUCAACCAGGCGGCCAGGCGAGUCCCGCGAAAGGCAACGUAGCGAGCGCAAACCACGCCGUAGGACUGCCGCAGGGUGCUCAAAACUCUCUUCAUCACGGCUCCAACAACCUGGUUGGUCAGAACCUGAUCCACCACGCCCCCACGCCUCAGUUGCCAACACACGCGGUGCCGUCCAUGGCUCCUGUGUCCGCCAACAUGGCCCAAAUGGCACAAAACAUGAGCCACCACGGAAACCUGUCUCACGUCACACAAAACUCUAUUACACCGGCAAACAUAGCUGCCAGCCCAAGUAAAAGUGCAAGCACUAGUGCUCCCCUCAGUUUAGUGCAAGACAAAGCAAAUGCAUCGCAACCCCUAGCUUUAACUAGAACACCUGAGAAAAAAGAACCAGAUUCAACCGGUCAUGCCAAUGGGACGAUAGAGUCCCCAAAAUCGGCGUCAAAUGCACCAUCUACACUGAAACCACAAAAUCCUGAACCAAAACAAGACAAGCAAGAUAUUGCUAAAACAUCACCAAGUACACCUAAACCACCUGAAAAAGCAGCUAGUGCUCCUAGCACACCUCAAAAACCUGAGACAUCCAAUCCUGUCAGUCAGGCAGAUGGCCCAGCACAACCUAAAGUAGCUACAGCUAAUGAACCCCCAGAAAAAUCACCUUCAAAACCAACAGAGCUUAAGCCAGCACCUGCUGCAGACGUAGCACCCACGCAGAGUGAUAGUAAGCCUGUUCCUGAAUCAGCUAAUGAGAAUCAGAGUCAAGAGAAACCAUCUCCUCCACAGAAAGAAUCAAUGGAAUGUGUAAAACCAGAAACUGCUAAGGAAGAGAAGAAAGACGAAGUCAUAGAAAAACCAGCAAAAAUACCAGAAGAGAAAAUAGAAGAAAAACCAGAGCCACCUAAGCAGGAAGAGCCUGAAAAACAGCAGAAAGAUGAAAAAAUUGAGGAAAAGAAGUCUGAGGUUAAAAUACUACCUAAAACUGAGGUUAAGGUUGCACCAAAAUCCACACUAAAGUUGGCUACAGUGACCCCCCCAAUGAGAAAGCGGAGACAGGUGUCCGAAAAAGUGGAUGGCCCGACACCACCUAAAAAGGCAACUGAGGGUGAUAACACACCAGAUACAAGAACUAAAAGGAAUCGGACAAAGGUACAAUUAUACCAAUCUCCAACACCAGAGAUAGCUAUGGCGACCAAGUUAUCGGCUUCGGCGGGACGAUCUACACCGACCAAGCCGAACGAUGACAAACUUAUCGUGUUUUAUAAGAACGAAUAUUUAGCCGUUCGUAAUGCGGAGGGUGGUUUCUACGUUUGCCAAACCGUGCAAAACGUUUACCGGACGACACGAAAAAUCAAAAUACGCUGGCUCUCUCAGGACAAGUCAGAUGCAACGGGAGAAACGUACAAGCCCGAUUUCUAUGACGUCACAGACAUGGAGUGCGUGCUGACGACGCUGUCGAUGCAGCGCGAGGGCGGCGGCGCCCAGCGGCUGCGCGCCGGCGAGCGCGCGCGCGCCGCCUCCAUCCUGCAGCGCGCGCUGCGCGCCGAGCAGAGCGGGGCCAACUGCCUGCAGCUCACCGAGGAGCACCCCGACGGACUGGACCUCUCGCUGUAUACUGACGAGUCGCAGCUAGAGAAGAAAUCGCGCAAACGCAAUAGCUCCAAGAGUUCUCCGCGUACACCGGACGACGCUACCGAGACUGCGAAUGAUGAGGCGACGCCUAGCAAAAAAGCGCGAACGACGCCAAAACGCAGUCCGAAAAGCGUCCGUAAAUCCAAAUCAACACCAAAAACUCAAAAACGAAAAUCGUCAGGUAGUACGCCCACUGUGGCGACCUCUAGCAAGGUAGGCAUAGUACGACGGAUAUAUAGAAAUACGGCAACGGCGUUGACGGAAAAAGCAAAAGCGAAAACGCCGACAAAACGAACGCCCGUAAAAUCAACGAAAGUUGAAACUCCAAUCUCUACGCCGAGAAAGGGUCGACGUGCUGCAAAAGAAAACAAACCAUCUCCCGUAGUGCCAACGCCCUCAACGUCGACGGGAAAGACGGGUCGCACCCGACGUCCGCCGGUAAAGAAAUAACAUAACACGAUAUUGUACGUUAAUAUUACGAGAACGACGAACAGGGAGCGAUUUGCACGAGUAAUCAUAAAUGGAAGCUAACACUAGGUGAGCUAAUAGUUAUUUGAGGGUCUUUUAACACUUAUCAGCGAUCACAUGUUUUAAUAUAAAUUAGAAAUAGUCUGUGGUGCCAUUUUGUAAGAAUAAACUCGAAACCUUGAUCGUGGAAUGUCAGACAGUGAAAGCGACAUUGACCAUAAAAAUAACAACAAUUAAAGGAUACAUGUAUGAAAAUACUGUAUCGUUAGUCGGUUUUCAACAUUUCGCGAGUGUGUUAUAAGGUGUUUUUAUAGAAUAGCAUUGCUGAUCUUAAAAAGUAAAAUAUGUAGAUGUUCGAAUUAUUAUUAGUGGCAUUGAGCUAAUUCUUUGUAAAAAAUUUUUCAGUAUCAAAUUGAUUUGAGAUAUGUACAUUACAUUUUUAUAAGAGAUACUUAUAUAUAAACAAAAUUAUACAUGUGUUCAAUAAAAAAGAUAAGAUGAAAAAUUUCAGUUAUCUUUAGCGGUAAGUGUAAGAGAGACCUUUAGUCCAUUGUGAUUGUGUAGUUUAAUUGAUAGUUCACAGUUCUAUUUUUGUUAGAAGAAUAAACAUUUGAAAAACAUUUGUUAUAAAAAGUAUGUAUUUAAUUUAAAAAAAUAAAAUCCGCUCCUUGGUUUAUAGUAGAAAAUAUAAUAUAAAUUUAAUUGUUAAAUCACAAAGUAUUUAUUAAAUAGCACAUUUCUUAGAUUAACAUCCCAUAAUUGUGGUUAAGUGAAAUUCGCUCAGGAUGAAUUUCAUUUAAUUUUGGUAGACAUUAUUUUAGAACAAGACUUCUCUCAAGAUUUUAAAGACCUUAUUACUGCCAAUGAAUAUUUUUUGAUGAAAUUCGAAUGUUGUACAACAUUUUCGGCCUUAUACAUAACAUUUGUUAAACGCAAUUUAACAAAAAUAUAAUUUGCCUUAUAUGUGUCAAAUUGAAAUACAUAAGACAAACUAUAUUUACGUUAGAAUAAGUUUAAGUAAAAUUUAAAUAUGGCUGUUAGUAAACCCCAUAAUAUAGUUUUCUUAAUAUAUAUCCUUCCAAAUAUUUUAUAUUUAAUAAUGUUUUAUGAAUACCAGUGUGUUCGUGCAAACGUUCUCUGUUCGAUUAUUACGUAUUUAAUGUUCAAAUAUAAAGGCCUUUAGGGGUAAUUAUGGUUCAUGUAUUAUCUACACAAAAAUUGUCUAUACGUUUGUUUUAUGGACAGAUUAAGACAACAUUUCGAAACUGUAUUAAGUUUAUAAGUUACGAAAUAUUUGAUCAUCGUAUAUACUUCGUUUUUAUAUUUUACCCGAAAAUAGUUCUAAUUUAACUUGUUAUAUAAUAAAUAACACGGUAUUUUUGAAAUGUUGUCUCGUUGUUUUAAGUUAUGGAGUAUGUGAUGAAGAUAAAAUAUAUAUUGUAAAUCAGACAAUGUCAGAUUUUGAGGUACAUUUCACAUCUGCUAGCCAAUAUAUAUAUAUUUUAAAUGGAAUAACAGACGAAAUCGCUUCCCUCGCUCGUUUGAACUUAGUACAUUUAGCACUGUCAAAGAAACAAUUUCUACAACAAUUCAAAUACCAUGCAAUUGUUUUAAGUAGCUGCCAUUAGAUUUCUUUAAAUCACUAAUUACAAGAAAAAUGUAUUCAUAUUGACAAACAUGUGUGAUGUUUAAAUUUUAUUAGAAGAUACUAUAUAAGCAUUAUCCAUGUUAACUAUGUAUUUUUUAUUUAUAUAAUAUUUUUUUAAUAGCAGGUAUAAAGCAUAUUUAAAUAGCUGGUAUAUAUAAGACAUUCCUCAAAAUCUGAUAUUAUCUGUUAGUCUAAAAAGAUUUAGCACAUUGCAUGUUUCAAUAUAUAAGAAUAAAAAAUUGUUAAACACGAGUUUGAUUGUCAGAUAUUUUUGUAUAGGUUCCGUACCUGUUUAAAAUUUCUGUAGUGAUAAUUUUAAACUAUUUUUAUGUAAAAAAAAACGUCAAUUGUAUAAAAAUGCAAUUUGUUUUAAAGAUUUCAAAGGUUUAAAGCACGGAACUCCCUAGAUUUUAUUUUUUUGAAUGUUUAUAUCAUAGAAAACAGGUAUGACAUCACAUUUUUUUAGAUUUACCUUUUGACUUGGAUUUGUGACGCGAUGAAUGACUUGGUUUUUAUUACUUAUUUUUUUUCUAACAUAUUAAAAUUAAAUAACAGUCAAAUGUAAAUACUUAAAAAUUAACAAAAAAAUAUCAUAUAAUAUUAUAUGCUGAUUGUUAGGGAGUAACUCUAUUUCGUCGGAGCUAGAAUUGACGGCCGAUUCCGACGCUUUGCGGAACGUUCCGAGCAGCUGCGAUUAAAUUGGGUCACUCCCCAAUUCAGAUUUAAGGAAGUUAUAUAUUUGAGAGGUGUUUUACCUCAGUAAAAGUUAAGCAAUAGAUAUAUAAGUUUGAUUUUUGUAUAAGAUUAAUUCUAAAAUUCUUAACUUUUCUAGAGUAUUCGAUUUUAUUGCGACGGAAAUUAUUGUAUAUUAGUACAAAGUAUCAAAAUUGGUGGAUGUUAAAGCAUGGAAAUAUCACGACGUUGCUUCGGGAGAAUGUUAUUUUGAUAUGAAUUGUGUUUAUUUUUAAUUAGAUUAUAUGAAACGCAUGCGUUCAAUGGAAUGAAAUUCAAAGUUUUCGAUUACCGAUCUGGACCAAUCAUUCUAGUGAUGACUUCGCGGGGAACUGUACAUUUGUAUAUCAAAUGUAUCUCUGCUUAUUGUAAAAAUAAUUCAUUGUGUUGUAGUUAAAUCUAAAUAACGAAAUAGGUAAAUCAGAUUUAUGUCAUAACGUAGCUAAAGCCUACGUGCUAAUGUGAUUCGGUUCGAUAGACAGAGAACAGUUUUGAAUAUCGAAUCGGAAUAUCGGCUAGACCUUACGCACAUUAAAUGUAUUUUUUUAUUUUUGUUACAUCACUAGUGUUCGACAUACGGUUGUUAAAAUUAAUUUGCGACAUACAUUUUGUUAAAUUGUUUUCUGAUGUGGAUGACCCAAUGUUGUUGUAUCGAAGCUCGUGUGAGCGUGUGUGUGUGCAAAUCUUAGGAGAACUAAGUACCUAAAUGUAGGUGGUAUUUUUAAAUAGGUUAAUAUCUAAAGAGGAAAUAAGUUUAGAGUAUAAAUUAUUGCGUGUGCAUUUUCUGUUUGUCGGAGCGAAUGUUGACUGGUCCUCUGGUACAAUAGCGUACAUAUUUUAGCGUUUUAUACAAAUAAAGAUAUCAGUCGAGAGUACUAUUGUAACAGAAAGUCCACAAAUUUUAUGCAAUUCAGAAAUAAAUAUAAAUAAUUUAAGGAAA